AUGACAUGGUCGAGCUGCUUACAGGAAUGUGCAAUCUGUCAGCGACUGCCCCAGAGGAUCGGAAGGUUAGGGCAUUGCAAUCUCACAGCUGCUUGUUGUGGGGAUCUCUCCUCUGCUUCCAGCACCAGCCAGCGUCUGACAGAGCUGGAACUGGAGAAUAAAACACUGGGAGAUUCCCAAGUGCAGCUACUGUGGGAGGGACCUCCAGACUGCAAAAAGCAGAAGAUACAGUUGCCGAGUUGCAGUCUCACUACUGCCUGUCGUGGGAAUCUCUCCUCUGUUCUCAGCACCAGCCAAACCCUGACAGAGUUAGACCUGAAGAACAACACCAUCAGAGAUUCAGGUGUACAGCUGCUGUGUGAGAGACUGAAACAUCCCAACUGCAAACUACAGAAACUAGGAUUGGAGAAAUGUGAUUUCACAGCUGUGUGUUGCAGGGAGCUGUCCUCCGCUCUCAGCACCAGCCGGACCCUGACCGAGCUAGACCUGCGGGAGAACAAAGGGGAAGAUUCCAGAGUGAAGGUGCUGUGUGAGGGGCUGACACAGCCAGCCUGCAACCUGCAGAAACUGGUGUACGUUAGAGCUGGGCCCCUUUAA